CUGGAAGUGCCCUAAGCAAAGCAGGCGGGCAGGUGGCUGUCUGUGGACCCCAUGUGGCGGGGGCUGUGGACCCUGGUCUCCCGGGCGGCACGUGGGCCUGACAGGCCGUGCGCGCGCCGGGGCAGCGGCGUCCCGGGCCCCGCUGCCGGGGCCACCGUCUUCGCGCUGAGCUCGGGCCAGGGCCGCUGCGGCGUCGCCGUGAUCCGGACCAGCGGCCCCGCCAGCAGCCAGGCUCUCCGCAGCCUCACGGCGCCGCGGGACCUGCCCCCAGCCCGCAGCGCCUGCCUGCGCCUGCUCCGUGACCCGCGCUCCGGGGAGCCGCUGGACCGCGCGCUCGUGCUCUGGUUCCCAGGUCCCCGGAGUUUCACGGGUGAGGACUGCGCCGAGUUCCACGUACACGGAGGCCCGGCCGUGGUGAGUGGCGUCCUCCAGGCCCUGGGCCGCGUGCCCGGGCUUCGGCCGGCAGAGGCGGGCGAAUUCACCAGACGGGCUUUUGCCCACGGGAAGCUGACCCUGACCGAGGUGGAGGGCUUGGCAGAUCUGAUCCACGCAGAAACCGAGGCACAAAGGCGGCAGGCGCUGAGGCAGCUGGAUGGGGAGCUGGGCCACCUCUGCCGCGGCUGGGCUGAGACCCUCACCAAGGCUCUGGCCCAUGUCGAGGCCUAUAUCGACUUUGCUGAGGAUGACAACCUGGAGGAGGGCGUGCUGGAGCGAGGUGAGUUCUCCUCCGGCUGGGAGUUGGGGCCAGCUGGCCUUGUAGGGCCUCCGCCUCACCUGCACCCGUCUGCCCCCACAUCCACAGCUGACAGCCAGGUGCGGGAGCUGGAGGCUGCACUGGGCGCGCAUCUCCAAGACGCCCGACGUGGGCAGAGACUCCGCUCAGGGGCGCAUGUGGUAGUCGCAGGGCCCCCCAACGCUGGCAAGAGCAGCCUGGUGAACCUGCUCAGCCGGAAGCCUGUGUCCAUCGUGUCUCCAGAGCCAGGGACCACGCGUGAUGUGCUGGAGAUCCCUGUCGACUUGGCUGGCUUCCCGGCACUGCUGAGUGACACAGCAGGGCUGCGGGAGGGUGCAGGGCCCGUGGAGCAGGAGGGCGUACGGCGUGCCCGCCAGAGGCUCGAGCAGGCCGAUCUCAUUCUGGCUGUGCUGGACGCUUCUGACCUGGCCUCACCAUCCAGCUGCAGCUUCCUGGACACAGUUGUCAGGCCCGCGGGGGCCCAGAGCCCCAAUGGGAGCAGCCAGCGCCUCCUGCUGAUACUGAACAAGUCGGACCUGCUGGUGCCUGGGCCCCGGCGCCCGGGUGGCGACCUGCCUCCGCACGUGCUGCUGUCCUGCCGCACCGGGGAGGGGCUGGACGGGCUCCUGGAGGCGCUGCGUAAGGAGCUGGCUGCCCUGUGCGGGGACCCGACUGCAGGCCCGCCGCUACUGACCCGUGCCAGGCACCAGCACCACCUUCAGAGUUGCCUCGACGCCCUGGGCCACUACACACAGGCCAAGGACCUGGCACUGGCAGCCGAGGCCCUGCGGGUGGCGCGGGGGCAUCUGGCCUGCCUCACCGGGGGAGGGGGCACCGAGGAGAUCCUGGACAUCAUUUUCAGGGACUUCUGUGUGGGCAAGUGAGGUCAAGGAAGAGAGCUCAGAACCAGGCCCACGGACACUGAGAGCCUCGUGGCCUCUGGAGCCAGCUGAGACCCAGAGGAGUAUAUAUGACUUCAGAGAAACAGAGCUCCAGGUCAGCCACGUCUCAGGACGACCCAGGGAUUCAGGCCCUGAGGGGCAGACUGGAGGGGUCUCUGGCCCUUGCAGGGCAGCAGGAGAGAGGCAAAGUCCUCACUUCCCAGUCUUUAAUUUAUUUUGCACACGCCCAGGGCUUGUGCAAAGCAGCCCCACUGGUUCCUUCCGGAACCUUCUGUGAACCCUGGCGGUCGUGUGGCACCUCU